UUCCCUCUUCCUCCCUGCCUCCUCCCACAAUUCACACCAUUACAACUCAACCAAGGUACACGCUACCUGCAAGAAUCAGUCGUCUUUGACGUGAACAUUGACUUCCACUUUUUUUCUCUUUCGUUUCCCUCUUUUUUCCCGUGUCGCUAUUCUCUUUCGUUCCCCUCUUGCCUUUGACUUCCCAACUCCCCUUCCCUCUUUCUUUCCGCCUUCUUCGUCUUCCCCUCCCACCCUUCACGGUCCAGCUGUCACCAUGUCUCGAGACCCCGCUCUGGAGGAUCUCUAUACGAGAAAGAGUGUGACUCUGAAGCCAUGCGGUGUUGACAUCAAAGGCGUGCAACUGACGGAUCCUUCCAUCCCCGGCAUGUUGCAGAGAGUCUCCCUUUCGCAGCCAAGCUACGGUUACGGCGAGUUUCACAUCGAUGUGACUUUGGCCUCCCAACACUCGCCCGAAGCCCGUCGCGAUGCGGUGGCGAAGAUCGUUGUCUGCUCCAAGCACUGCGUCGGGGGCGCUGAGCAGCGGGAGUUCGACGUCGGCGGUCACAAGCUCUCACCGAGCCUUCAGGCCUUCGUCGGCGGCGGCGAGCUGGCCAAGUACGUCAGGGUCCGCAUCAACCUCUUGCGCCGUGGCGUCAAGAUCCUAUUCUUCCCGGCUGUGAUCCGGAACAACGACACAGAUCGGAUCAAAAGCUCACUUCGCGCCUUCCGAUCUUCACUUCAGAAGCCAAGCCCCAACAUUGAUCCCAUCACACUGGAUCUUUAUCUCGUGCCAGGCGAUCCUGGAUUUCGGGACAAGAUGGCCAUGAUCAAUGGCAUCCUUGCAGUCGCCCAGGCCCCCACGCACCCAGGUGCCGCAUUUCUCCUUGCACAGCCCGACAACGACAAGGUAGUUGUUGAUCGGGAUGCCCUGCUGGCCGACUUCGAGUCCUCUGCCGAGAAGGAGAUCGGCCAUCAAGAGCGCCCCGAGCCCCACAGGGCCUGGUUUUGGGAUGCGGCCGAUCGAAGCGUCUGUCUCGCCCGUGCCGAAGUUGGGGCGCACCAGCUCAAGCUGCAGCACAACUCGGCCGUCAUGGAACACCACGUCACCUGCGCGGCCGCGGGAGUCAAGGGGACCAGGGUGAACGGAGUACGGGCCAUGUACAUGCUCUACGUGAAGACCGACGCCCCCCACCUGCUGCCGAGCCAGGGGGAGAGCUGCGGCAUCCGGUUCCAUGGCGUCGAGUUCACUGCCCCACAGCCGCCCAAGCCGCCCUCGGACGAGCAGAAGCUGCGGGCGAUUGCGACCCUCAUGACAGACCUCUUCUACGAUGGCCCCUCGCCCCUGACCCCAGCCGCCAAGGACACCCCGGCCUUCGUCCGCUCCGUGUACCAAGCCCUCGCCCGCUUCGACAACCGAGAGCCGGAGCACGCCUGCGCCAACAUUGCGAAUAUGGGGGCGACUGAUUUCGACCGGCUGAGACAGAGCAACCAGAGCUUCGGCUGGCUGUACCAGGCCCUCCUGCCGGUCGAAGUCACGCAGGGCGGCGUGACAACGUGGAGGCGCCCCAAGGGCAUCUACCACGACACCGUCAUCAAGGUGGUCAGGAACCAACCCAAGCUCCUGCGUCUCCCAACCUACGACUACGCCUCGAGGGGCCCUCCUCCCAUCUUCGCAGCCCGGCGCGUGCACCUCGAAAGCGCGCUGCAAAACCACGUUAGCGCGGCCUUUAUAGCGUACCCACCUAUACACAAGUUCGUGGUGGCUCACGCCGGCGACGGGCACGACGAGGUCUUGGAAGCGGGCCACUUCGACUUCCACCUGGGCGGUUUGGACACUGCGGAUCAGCGGGACUUUGCCCAACGCGUGGCGGACAGCUCCGGCCGGUUCAGGUGCUCCAUCGUCCCGCAGUGGCCCGACGCCAUGCUGACCCUGCGCUUGAAUGCAAUCGACGCGGCCGCUGGCCAGGCCCUGGCGACGGACACUGGCAGGUAUUUGUUGGAGUACUCUUGGAAUGGCCAGUAUCAAGACAACGUGGCCAGGCUCCCGGCCCUCAACAUGCUGGUCAGCCAGUUGAACUGCGCGCCCGAGGCCUGCAUCUCCCAUCACUUCCUCGAACUCGACUCUCACCAGCGCAAGAUCUUCACCCCCAACAACUUCGAUUAUGGCACUCUGAGCAUCAUCGGCGCGCCCGGCACCGGCAAGACGCACGCCGUGCUGGUGCUCGUACUGGCGGCCUUGAUGGUGAAAGGCGGCCGGGUAGCGGUUGUGUGCGACAACGAGAAGCAGGCCGAUCACUUCGCCAGCCGCCUGCGCACCAUGGCCGCAAUGACUCCAAACAAGCGCGAGCCAGAGCGAGACCUCGAAGACGGCAUCCUCAGGGUGGACAUCAUCGCCGAGUGGGACAAGUGCGCGCUCGACGUCCUCGACGAGGUCAUGACGAAGCACAUCGCGGCCCGCACGGGCGGGCGGAGGGCCGAACACGGCGAGCCCUCGUCACUGGUGGCAAGGGUCGGAGCGCUGAUCAACAACCACCCGUCGCACUCCGACUUCCGCAACGACCUGAUCUCUUACGCCGCCGAACUGUGCAAGGAAACGGACUUCCGGGCCCGCUGCCGGAACUACGUGGUGAAGAUCAUGGCGGGUCUCUUGAACGAGGCUCGCGCCAUCGUCACGACAGCCGUGGGCCUCCACGUGAUCCGCCAGAACGCGCCCAAGAUCCUGGACGACGUCAGCCUCAUCGUCUAUCCCCAGGCCGCCGACCUGAGCGAGACUUCGCGGCUCAUAAGCGAGGUCGCCUGUCCCAACGCCAUCGUCCGCGUGCUGGAGGGCAGCCUGCUCGAGCCGGGGCUCGUGAGCCCUGGCCCGAACGCUUCCUCCUCCUCCUCCUCCUCCUCCGCCACCACCGGCGGCCCCCACGACCGCCGCGGCCGCAUCGCCAGGGCCCGGCACCAGUCAGCCCAGCUGGACAUCAGCGCGUUUAUGCGCAGCUUUGCCGCGAGCGGGGCUGUCGUGCAUCUGCAUACCGACCACCGUCAUCUCGGAGGCCAGACCGAUCUCCUCAACAAGCUGUUCUGCAGCGGCCGUCUGGAGACCCCCCGCGUGCGGCGGCCCAACCCCGCCCAAGCCGUGUCGCAAAAGCUCGUCCGGGCCGCCCUGGGCACGCCCAACGCGCGCACCAACGUCGUCGCCUGGGAUAUGGAGCAGAUCUCGGACCCCGAAAUCUGGGGCCCGGCCUCGCGUUUCGCCGCUCCCCAGGAUGAGUACCAAGACGCGCUGGAGAAGGCCAUGCUCUACUUUGUCCGCAUGGUCAUGCUCUUUGGCGUGUCGGCCGAGGACGAGUGGAAGCGCCCCACGGUCGCCAUCAUUUGCGCCGACGACGCCAUGGCCCAUCUGGUGCGCCGCCGCAUGAGGAAGCUGUCGACGUCGGACCACGUCCCGUCGCUCGUCCAUGUGCUCACGCUCGCCGAGGCCGUCGGCCGGGAGUUCGACUACGCCAUCCAUCUGACGGCCCGCGACAGCGAUCAGGCCGGCUACAUCGGCGACAGGUCCACCAUGGUCGUCGGCAUCAGCCGCGCCCGCCUGGCCACCGUCACCGUCUUCACGUCGACGGGCCUCACCAACAAGCCGCGCGACAAGGACCUCAGGGAGUUCAUCAGCCGCCUCGUCGAAGACAACUGCAUUUGGACGCCCUCGCUAAAGACCUUCCACAGCUACUGCCUACGCUGCGGCUACACGCAGAGGAACAGGGACUUGCCCUACUGUGCUCGGGACCACCACCAGGCCCAGAGCACACCCAUGCGGGAAGGCUUGUCCCUUGAACAGCACUCGGCCACCAAGGGUCCGAUUCAGCGCACCGAGCGGAUGAUGGAUUGAACAGGAGAGGAGAUGAGCCAUCGUUUGGGGAGGACCCGGCCCUUUGGGCAUUAGCUUAGAACAAGUAGCGUUGUAGCCACCCACUGCCGGAACUGCGUGUCUACCCAUGCCACAGGGUCGCGCAGCGCGGCCAGAAGCUGGUACGAGGAGACUAGGUCCAUAGCGCCGUCAAUUUGCAUUUAUUUAAACAGCA